AUGGGUUCGGACCAGAAAGCGGUGCUGCUCGUCAGUAAAGUCAACGAGAGCUUACGGCAUGUGCCGCCGUAUACCACUCACAAACAGAGGAGGAAAUGGAGACCGGAACCACACAGACCCUCACCCGACCCAAACACAGUGGCUGAGAGCGAAGAAGAGAACAUCACCAUACCUGCUGCUGCUGAGGAGGACAGGUGUGUGUCGGAGUGCCGGUUCGUGUCGGAUGUGUGUGUCACUCAGGAGGAUAAGCGCUACUUCGACAGCGAGACAGACGACAUCUCCAAUCUGGAGUACAGUGUGUUAGACAGCCCGAGAGACAGACAGCUGUGGAUCAAACUCGCGUACAGAUACCUCAACCAGAAAGACACCGCUGUGUCGGAGUGUGUGGACGCUGCUCUGAACACACUCUCGCGCGCUCUGGAGGAUAACCGCGAGGACGAAGAGCUGUGGUGUCACUACCUCACACUCUUCUCACGCCGCGGCAGCACGGACGACGUCAGGGAGAUGUGUGACAUGGCCGUGGAGCACGCAGCACACUACACUGUGUGGUGGACUUACCUGAGCAUCGAGAGCUCAUUCGAUGGAAAAGAUACGGUGUGUAAACGGAUUCUGCAGUUCCUGAUGGACACUGCAGGGGGUGCUGUGGAGGAGCUCUCAUCCUUUCAUCUGCUGGAGACGCUGCUGUACCGAGCGCAGCUCAGUGUGUUCACCGGACGAGCGCACAACGCACAACACAUCCUGCAGGACGCACUGAUGUCCGAGGGUGAGCAUGUCGUGUCAGGACGUCUAACUCUGCGUCACCGCUGUCUCGCAUGGCUCUGCUACAUCCACCUGUGUGAAUUCGGGACGCUUCCGGCGCACCUGUACGAUCCGGCGAACUCAAACCCGUCCCGGAUCGUUAGCCUGGAACAUUUCCUCUUCCCCUGGAGCUCGAGUGAGGACGUACACACUCCUCCUGAACGCCUCAUCUCGCUGUUCCAGGAUGCGUUAUCGAGGUGUGUGGAUGAGGGCGUGUCUCCAGCUGAAAGGACGCUUGCGUGUCUGCCGCUUCACCUCAACCUGCUCCACCUGCACACAGCUCUGGGAAGACUGAAGGAAGCGACUGCGCUGUGUGAGAGCACGCUGGCUGUUGUCCCUCACUGCUGCCCCCUGCUGGAGGGCCUCAGUGACCUGCAUGCGGCAGGUGGAGAUGCAGGUGAAGCGGCGAGUGUGUGGCUGCGUGCACACAGGCUCCGCCCCCAUGAUGCCCGAGUGUUUUACAGUCUGUGUAAAUGUCUACACACACAGGAGAGACACGGUGAGCUCGAUAUUCUCUUCAGGCAGUUUGUGUGUUCUCUGUGUGAUGGUGUUGAGGAAGAUCUCCCCCCUGCAGAGGCGUUACGGCACCUGCUAGGCGUCUCAUCAGAGGACUUGCAGCUCUCUGUCCCCUCGCUCCCCUCGCAGCUCCAGGAUCAGCUCCCCUACCUGCACCUCACACACAGUUUCAGGCAGUCGGUGCGAGGCAGUGUGGUUGAGGCGGUGGAGGCUUUUGAGGCGGCGCUGGGAGCCAUCUCAGAUCUGGAGGUGGUGAAGAAAGUCUGGCUUGAUUAUCUCCUCUUUACUAGCAGUAAGCUGGCAGGCCGAGAGCUGCGUGUGUUCAGUGAUCUGGUGCAGCGCUGCCUGAACACCAUGCCCACACGGAUCAGCCUGCCGCAUGACAGCGCCACCUACUGGAGCUGCUACACCUUCCACAACCAGGUCAUCUCCUUCUACCUGAGUUUUCUCCCUCCAUCGCUCCACUCGUCUGCUCUGGAAAGAUUCAGACACGCAAUGCCGAGCAACACUGAACUCACCCUGAGGGUUCUGCAGCAGGAGUGGAGUGAGGAUAACGUGGAGCAGGUGAAGCUGCAGACGCGACUGAUGACUGCGACAUCUCCCACCUGUCUGUCUGCCUGGAAGAUAGCGCUUGCUGUACAGAAGCAGCAGAAGAGCAGAGCGGAGGUGCAGAAGCUUUACCAACAGGCUCUUCAGAAACUGCCGCUGUGUGCCGCUCUGUGGAAAGAUUGGCUCCUGUUUGAAGCCGCAGCUGGAGGUAAAACUGACACACUGAACAAACUGGUUGCGAAAUGCCAGGAUGUGGGAGUGAGUCUGAGUGAGCCGCUCAGUGUACACUCUCACACUCAGGACUCGUGAAGUCUGCAGUCACUCCCUCGUUCCCUCGUUCCCUCGUUCCCUUCCUCCCUUACUCCCCUCCUCCCUAUACCCUUAAAACCCCCCUCACACACACCACCCUCCCCUUCACACAUCUACCACACACACUGCAGUAGAUAGAGCGGCGUGCGUGCGUGUGUGUGUGUGUGUGUGCGCGCGUGUGUGUGUGUGUCUGCAAGCUGAAGAACAUGAACUCCAGCUAAGCGAGUGUGUGUCCUCCAAGUCGUCCUCUACGUAAGUAUGGAGCUGAUCACACAGCUGCUGCUGUUUCAGUCUUUAUUUUAGUUGUGUGUUCCGUGUGUGUGUUUGUUUUAAUCCGAUUUUAUUUUGUCGUUCUGCGGCUCCGAGUUAAACGGACUCCCUCUCUGUCUGUCUCUCUCCGUCACCACGACAACCACGUAGCGACAUUCACAAUGACAGUAUUAUAAAGACGGCUUCCUUCAGCUAGACGUUUAUUUUCAGCAUGUAACGCGCCGGACGAGACGAGAGUGACUCUCCAUGUUUUAAGGGCUUAGAAAAAAAAAACAGGAUUAAAAAUGGCUGCCGGAGAGAAGUAUUGUGGGAAUCGAACCUCCUCGGUGUCGGGGUGUUUAUGGAGACUGAACGCUGCCACACGCUGGUGACGAGCGAGCAGCGAGCAACGAGUAACUUUAUCUGCAAGUGGUUUUUUUUUGUUUUUGUUUUUUUUUUUCCUUGUAAAAAUAUCUAUUAAUUAAAAGUAUUCAGGAAACAUGCAGGAAUGAUUUUUCAACUGUUUUAUUUUGUAAUUGAAAUGUGUUUCAAUUAAAUUAUUUUGUAAAGAUAUUUUUGCUUUUGUGUGUUUUUUUUAUAAAUAAAAUCAGUGUCGAUGAUUUAAAUCAAAGCCAAAGAAAUAACUUUUUUUUUAAAAGAUAAGAAGAAAUAAAAGUGAGCAACGUGCUUCCAGCUGCAUAUAAAACAACGACGAAUGAAGAGGAUCUUGACUCCGUUUAGCGUCCGAGUUUAGUAAAAUGUGUUCUAAAGUGCUGAAGUUGGAUUACGAUGCUCCUGUUUUAAGCUGAUUAGAUUUUAUUCGGAUUUAAUUUUGUGUAUAAACGUUAACAGAACGUCUUGUAUUCGUGUAACGUACAGUAGGCUGCUGUCUUUUUUUACUGGUGACUUUACUGAGUUGUUGAAGAAAGUGAACAGGAGAAUACAGGAUGACGGUAACGGUACGCUGGACCAGGGAGCAAACAAGGAUUAUACCUUUUGAAAAGAUUCACUGUUUUCACAGAUUUCUUGUUGGAAGAAUCAGAAAUUAAAUGUAUGUAAAGUCCACGAGCGAAGGCUUAAACAGAGGCUUACUCUUACUAAAUUUACACUUGUGUAUAAAAUAUUUAGCCAAAAACAACAAUUGA